AUGCAUUCUCGUUUACUAUUUAUCGGAUCACUUUGCCUUGUAUCCUCAAAUGCGCAAGACUGGGGAGGAAUGGGCGGAUAUGGUGGAGAUGGAGGAAUGGGAGGAGGUGGAGGAGGAUGGGGAUAUGGAGGUGGUGGAGGAGGCGACAUGGGUGGCUAUGGAAACGGCGGCGGUGAUAUGGGAGGUUAUGGAGGCUUCGGUGGCGGAGAUGGUGGUAUGGGCGGCGGUUACGGAGGCUAUGGAAAUGGCGGUGAUAUGGGUGGCGGCUACGGUGGUGGUUAUGGUGGUGAUGGGGGCGGCUAUGGUGGUGAUGGCAUGGGAGGAGGAUUUGGUGGAGGCUACGGAGGAAUGGGUGGAAUGGGUGGUUACGGAGGAAAUCAAGGCAUGGGAGGACAACCCGAUCAGUUCGGCGGAGGUUAUGGUGGACAGCCUUACAUGGGCGGAAUGAACGGAUUCCCAUGA